AUGUAUAGAAACCUUCAAGCCAGCAAAUAUGAAAACAUUGUACUGUGGCAANCAAUAACUAUCAAGGUAAGGACUGCUUAUUUUGAAGGGAAGAAUCGCAUUGAUUCUCUGAUAGCAGACAUUGGCUCUUGGGGAGCCAGCGCGGUGACAAUACAUGGUAGGUCACGUCAACAACGCUAUAGCAAGCUUGCUGACUGGGACUAUGUAUACCAGUGUGCCAGGAAAGCCCCUACUACAUUGCCAGUAGUGGGAAAUGGAGAUGUGUUUUCAUUUGUAGACUGGAACAACCACAGAACUGAAUGCCCUGAACUUGCUACGGACAUGAUUGCUCGUGGUGCACUUGUUAAACCUUGGAUAUUUACAGAGAUCAAGGAACAAAGACAUUGGGACAUCAGUUCUGGGGAGCGACUAAAUAUUCUCAAGGAUUUUGUGAAUUUUGGUCUGGAACAUUGGGGUUCUGACACAAAAGGGGUUGAGACAACAAGGCGGUUCUUGUUGGAAUGGCUUAGCUACACUUGCAGGUAUGUACCCGUUGGUCUUUUGGAUGUAGUUCCACAACGGUUAAACUGGCGUCCACCUUCUUACUAUGGGCGUGAUGAGCUUGAGACACUAAUGGCCUCAGACUCUGCUGCUGAUUGGAUACGAAUAUCAGAGAUGCUACUCGGCAAGGUUCCUGAUGGCUUUACAUUUGCACCAAAGCAUAAAUCAAACUCAUACGAUAGAGCUGAAAAUGGUUAAUUCUGGUGAUUCUUAUUUUGAUGAGAACCAUUUUCUUCUCUACUGCUGACUCAUGAGGAGACAUCUGGUGUGUAUUUGACUAUUUGAUGUCUUUCCCAUUUCUUACUGCCCCGUGUUAGCUGAAAAAAGCUGAAGAGACAUUAGGCAGCAUUCUUAUCUAUUUGUUUCAUUGGGGGAAUUGUUCAUCAUUGACUUUGACUUUGAUUUUGAUUUCGAUUUCUCAACCCAUAUUCUAUAGUUUCAGUCCUCUCUACUAAGAAGAGACUGAACAUUUAAUAAAAUUUGACGUUUGUAGUGUAAGCAUUAAUUGUUUAGACUUGGGUCAGUUUUGACUUUUGUGCUCGCAAUACUCAUUUAUGUGGUGAGUAGGGUUGUUGGAGAGAAUUACCCAUGUUUAAAUGUGUUUCAAUUUAUAUGAACUUGUCUGUUCUUUCAUUUCUAGGGAGGUGGCGAAAAAGUGAACCACACACGCGUCAUCGACCAUUCCUUUCGUGGCACCAUGCUAUUCGUGAAGUGUCGUGAUAAGUCACAAUACUUAAUUUGACUACACUAAUAGAACGACACGAAUGAAUUAAGGUUUUAA